AUGACUCAUGAGAGCCUGCCGCUCCCAUGUCGAUAUUCGAUACCAGCGUGGUCGAUAACCUAUCAUCCAGUAGGUUCGAUAAAAAAGCGAUUUUCAAGCUGGAGACCUUCCGUCGCGCAAACUGAUCAUAUCAAACAGUUAUUUCAUCGACAAGAUAGUUCAAACAGAUUCAUUGGGGAAACACAAAGUGAACUGAUGAAAGUUGAUCAUCAACAAAUAGAAAAGAAAUUAGCUAAUGAUAGUUGGGGAAAAAAUUAUAAAUGGAAGAAUUCUAACAUUGAUGAAAUUAUGAAGGAUAUACGUGAAUGUUAUUUAGACCGAGAUCUUCGGGAUAUCAAAGGUAUUGAACUAAUUCACUGGCUUAUGGAUAAAGCUAGUAAAGAAAAUGAUCUUACAUAUGUUGUAACAGCAUAUACUGCUGAAACAGAUUACUGCAAAGUCCUUAAUCAACAGUUAGCUACAAUUCAUGAAAGUGAGUGGGGUAAAAAUAACUGGUUUGGAAGAAGAAAUAUUCUUUGGAUCAUGGGUUCUCAUCCAUCACUUGAUUGUUUCUCCUUUAUUGGAAUCACCUAUCGAUGUAUGCGCGUCAAUGAUGAUGAGUUAACCCAAUAUUCAGUUGGUACUCGUUUAAUGAACAAGGCAUUUUUAUCAACAUCAAAAGAUCUUCGUACAGCUCAGAGCUGGAAUGGUACAGUUCUAUUUAUUUAUGAAAUUCGCCAUCAUCGCUCAGCUUUAGAUACUCAGAAGAUCUCAGAAUAUGCUCAUGAACGAGAAGUAUUGAUAGUUCCGUGUUGUGUUUUUGAGGUAUCGAAUAUUCGACGAACUGAGACAAACGUCGAGAUUGAUCUCUGUGAAUGUGGUCCUUUUAUCGAAGAUGAGAAUGACGAAGAAUUUGACUAA